AUGAAUAAUUCAGAUUCAGCAGAUGAUUAUCAAUCAAUGCCGCCGUCAAAUGAACCAAUUCUCAACGUACAAAAGGGACGCUUGCAGAGACUGAAAAAAUUUGCUGAUACGUUCGUUAAAAGCUCGGACAACAAUAUCUACCAUUUAAGAAAGCAACUUCAAAUUCUUGAUUCAGAUUACACAAAAUUCAUUGAAACUCACGAAGAAAUCACAGCAAAUAUUCCAGAAGAAGAUUAUGAAUCGUACACUUAUUUUUCCGAAGCAGUACAAGAGGAAUACGAGAAUCUUUUCAUGCGAGUAUACUCAACUGUACAAGCUACUAUUGACGAUCGCUCCGAAACAACUGAAGUCAUUGUAGGUGCUCCAAAGAAGAAUUCCAAUCCACCGAUAAAAUUACCUCCUCUGAAGCUACCAAAGUUUUCGGGAAAGUACAUAAAUUGGAACUCCUUCAAAGAUCAGUUCAACGCACUGAUUCACAGCAAUGGAAAUCUUCCGCCAGUUUCCAAAAUGCAAUAUUUGUUUGACUGUUUGGAAGGACCAGCAUUUGACAAAGUCAAACAUUUACCAAUCAUCAACGCCAACUACGAUACUGCUCGAGAGCUGCUUGAAGAACAGUAUGAAAACAAAAGAGCUAUGUUCAUAGACACAAUGAAUCAGCUAUUGAGCUUCCAACGUGGCAAGCAUGAAUCAGUUGCAGAACUACAAAAACUCGCCACCAUCGUGAAUGACACAAUUCAGGGGCUGAAGCAUAUUGAAAUUGAUGUCUCAGCAGUCGAUCCAAUAAUAGCUUACCUCGCAAUUGAAAAACUGACUCCAGAGACUAGGAAAGAAUUUGAAAAAUCUGCUGUUCAAAAGAAAGAGCUUCCAACGGUAAGCGAUGUUACUCAACGAAUCCAACAAAGUUUGCGAACCUUGGAGCUUUUGACAUCAGAAGAAAAAUCGAACACAACAAAUCCAAGUAAGCCAUUCAAUUCUGAUACGAAAAAAUCAGUGAAAUCAUUUCAUUCAAAAGCAAAGUCGACUUCGUCUAUCAACACUGAAAGCCGUUCUUCAUCACCAAAACCAACCAAAGCCAGCAAAUGUGUUUUGUGUUCUCUUGGUCACUUAAUCUACUCUUGCCCAAACUUUUUGGCUAAAUCCGUUCAAGAAAGGUCCACAGAUGUGAUACGCUUAAAACUUUGCUUUAAUUGCCUAUCAGAAACACAUUCAAAAUCAAAAUGUUUAAGCAAGCGAAAUUGUGUUCAAUGCGGUGGUCGUCAUCACACACUGCUUCAUUCAUCAGAACAGAGAACUACAGCCGCAUCGAAUGCU